CAAAGCGUCUACCCAAGGCACCGUCACUUUAAACGAGUCCUUGGACACACUAUUAUAGAUCCACCAUAACAUCCGGAGAGUUAUUUUGGCGUGCACUUGUUCGCUAUGCCAUGAAAGCAACCGUUAGGUCAAUGGAUCCUUGUAGAAAGUGGCGGCCAUGAAUAACACGAGGUCCGUGGAAAAUGUAAGCAUGGAUCAGACUCAGAGUGUAUGGUAGUUUAGUUAUCCACUGGGUGAAAUAUGAUCAAAAGCAAGAGGGUUGGUACGACAUGGACAGCGCAGCGAGUGCUUUGUAUAUGUACGGCAAUUGUUAUGUAUAUCAUACCAGAGAUAGAUGGCUCGGAUAUAGAGACAGUAUCAUCUACAUUCAGCUCAGAAGAAAUAGAGCACAUAUUAAAACUGCACAACGUCGGUAGAGAUAGCGUGGUUCCCCCGGCCGCUAAUAUGAAGUCAAUGGUUUGGGACAAAGCAGUCGAAGUCACGGCACAAUAUUGGGCUAGUAACUGCGAAUGGCGACACGGGAACGUGAUAUCUCGAGAAUCUCAUCUAUAUCAAAGCCGGAUAGGACAAAACUUGUACGCAGUGGCGGGAACCACUAGACCACGUGUAGAUGACAUCAUGAAGGGUUGGUACUCUGAAGAAAAGGAGUGGUAUGAUCAUACUAGUAACACAUGCCAAGAAGGGCGCAUGUGCGGCCAUUACAAGCAGGCAGUGUGGUGGAACAGUUACCUCAUCGGCUGUGGGAUAAUUCUGUGUCAUUCUGGUUCAAGAAACGCCUUUGAAGAUUACGACGGGCCUUGGUAUUUUGUCGUUUGUAACUACUUUCCAGGUGGCAAUAUUAAAGGACAAUUACCGUACGUGUCUGGCACGCCUUGCUCUCUGUGUACCCAGGACACGUUGAACUCCGGAGAUUGUGUGUCCGGACUGUGCCUCACGAAACAUGAGUGCUCUUUGUUUCCAGAUCGGUGUGCGUGGAAGAGUGGUUGUGAAUGGGCAAUAACCUGCUACAACCAAGGGACCCCUACCUAUGAAAACUGUUCUUGUAUAUGUACCGAGAAGUGGUCAGGGACAGAUUGUCGUGAAGAGAAAUGUCCAAAACCAAUCAAAUGUGCGAACGGCAGACCGUAUAACUUUGACAGUUGCAGAUGUGAAUGUGGAGAAUACUUUACUGGACAUCAUUGCGAAAAACCGUUACUGUCUAAAAUGGGAGACAGCGGCAGAGACAAUCCAAAGAUAUGUACCGUGCCGGGCAUGCGCAGACUGUGUGACUACCAUCUUGUAGGAACUACGGAGCUUGUCAGGCAUAUGUUCUGCCCACAGCUUUGUGGCGGAGUCAGUGCCGUACCUGACUAUAAUUCUCCAAAGGAAAAUUUCUUAGAACUUAUUUCGAGCUGUCGGUUAAAUAACUGAUUUUCUCUUUAUCUUUUUUUUACAAUCAGUAGAGUUGUAACAUCAAAUACACAUAGCGAGCAAUGAAGUGCAAUUUCAGUCUUAUUUCUGUGUUUGUUGAGGAUCAGAUAUAGAAAUUAUGUGUAUAUUAAUUGUUGUGUA